CAACACAGUCAUAUACUAAUUGUGCAUUCCAUGUUCACCUUGGCACGUCAUUCACGGCCGCUCACGCGCGGGUUCUGUGAGGAUAUUUUAAUUUAAGGAAAAAGUGCCUUUUAUAUGAAUUGCUUAAAAUGGGUAAUUCGGUAUCAAAUAUAGACCCACAAAAAGUAGAAAUUCCAGAAUUACAAAACUUAUUAGAAAGAGACCCAUAUUUGGAACCUUAUAAAAAUGAUCUACGUACAAGAUAUGGUUUAUUUAAACAUUAUUUAGACAAAAUAGAACAAGGUGAUGGUGAUUUAAAGAAAUUUACCAAAGCAUAUGAUAUAUACGGGAUUCACAUUAAUGAAGAUAAUAGUGUGAUAGCAAGAGAAUGGGCCCCUGGUGCUCAAGAAUUAUUUUUAACAGGAGAUUUCAAUGGUUGGGAUAAAACUAAAACGCCGUACAAAAAAUUGGAAUACGGUAAAUGGGAAUUACAAUUACCUCCAAAUCCAGAUGGCAGCUGUCCAUUAAAACAUCUUUCUGAAGUUAAAGUCAUUGUUAAAGAUCAUCAUAAUGAAUUGUUGGAAAGACUUAGUCCUUGGGCCGUAUAUGUAACUCAGCCACCAAAUCGAAGUGAAGGCACAACAUUUAAACAACGUAUUUGGCAUCCCAAUCCUGAUCAAGUUUACAAAUUUCAUCAUCCUAAACCAAAGAAACCGGAAAGUCUUAGAAUAUAUGAAUGUCAUGUUGGUAUCGCUACAGAGGAAUUACGAGUUGGCACAUAUUUGGAAUUCGCUAAAAAAAUAAUCCCACGUAUUGUAAAACAAGGAUAUAAUACUAUACAAUUAAUGGCUAUUAUGGAACAUGCUUAUUAUGCCAGUUUUGGAUAUCAAGUGACUUCAUUUUAUGCUGUUUCGUCUCGAUAUGGUACACCAGAGGAAUUAAAGGAAUUGAUAGAUGAAGCUCAUGCACAUGGUCUUUACGUAUUAUUAGAUAUAGUGCACUCACACGCGUCCAAAAAUACUUUAGAUGGGUUAAAUAUGUUCGAUGGUACAGACAGUUGUUUCUUUCAUUCUGGAAAUCGUGGACAACAUCCACUUUGGGAUAGUAGAUUGUUUAAUUACGGGGAAUACGAAGUAUUACGAUUUUUACUUUCGAAUUUAUGUUGGUACAUAGAUGAAUAUGGCUUCGAUGGAUUCAGGUUUGAUGGAGUUACAUCAAUGCUGUAUCACUCGAGAGGUUUUGGACAAGGUUUCAGUGGUCAUUACGAUGAAUAUUUUAGCUUAAACGUUGAUUUUGAAGGUGUCGUUUAUUUAAUGCUUGCUAAUUACGUGCUACAUGAUCUGUACCCUGAAAUUACUACGAUAGCCGAAGAUGUUAGUGGAAUGCCUGGUGUAUGCAGACCAGUCGCUGAAGGUGGCGUUGGAUUUGAUUACCGACUAGCAAUGGCUAUACCUGAUAAAUGGAUUAAAUUAUUAAAAGAUGUAAAGGAUGAAGAUUGGAACAUGGGUGAUAUUUGUUGGACGUUAAGUAAUCGUAGAUGGAUGGAAAAAACAGUUGCUUAUUGUGAAUCUCAUGAUCAAGCUCUCGUAGGAGAUAAAACCAUAGCAUUUUGGCUCAUGGAUAAAGAAAUGUAUACGCAUAUGAGUACAAUUACGCCUAGUAGCAUAAUUAAUCGUGGUAUAGCUCUUCAUAACAUGAUCAUGCUUAUCACACAUGCCUUAGGCGGAGAAGCUUAUCUAAAUUUCAUGGGAAAUGAAUUUGGUCAUCCAGAAUGGUUGGAUUUCCCUCGAGCUGGUAACGGAGAUAGUUAUCAUUAUGCAAGAAGACAAUGGAAUUUAGUGGAUGAUGAUUUAUUGAAAUAUAAGUUUAUGAAUAAUUGGGAUCGCGAUGUAAAUAAUUUAGAAGAAAAAUAUGGAUGGUUAAACGCUAAUCCUGGCUAUGUUAGUUGGAAACAUGAGGAUGAUAAAUUAAUAGUUUUCGAUCGUGCUGGACUUACGUUUGUAUUCAAUUUUCAUCCGACAAAAUCUUUCGCUGAUUAUACAAUAGGAAUGAGGCACCAAGGAGCACAUAAAAUAUUAUUAUGUAGUGAUAAUAAAGAAUAUGGAGGUGAACAAAGAGUUGAUAAUAAUGUUAAACAUUUUACGCAACCUGAACCAUAUUCUGGGCUUCCAUACAGAAUGAUGAUAUAUAUUCCUUGUCGUACAGCUAUAGUUUAUGCACAAGAAACCUAAUAAUUCUAUAUACAGAAACGAUAUACAUCGUUAAUUGAAUAACGUAGUUUCAA